AUGGCAGCAGAACAAUCAAAGAAAUGGAUUCUUAUGGUGACUGCUCAAACACCCACAAACAUAGCAGUGAUUAAAUAUUGGGGAAAAAGGGAUGAAAAUCUUAUUCUAGCUAUUAAUGAUAGUAUUAGUGUUACCCUUGAUCCUGCUCAUCUUUGUACCACAACCACUGUUGCUGUUAGCCCUUCUUUCCAACAAGAUCGCAUGUGGUUAAACAAAAAGGAAAUAUCCCUUGAUGGAGCCAGAUACCAAAAUUGUCUAAGAGAAAUUCGAGCUCGUGCUAAUGAUUACGAGGAUGAGAAGAAGGGUAUCAAGAUCAGUAAAAAUGAUUGGCAGAACUUGCAUGUGCAUAUUGAUUCUUACAAUAAUUUUCCAACUGCUGCUGGUCUGGCUUCCUCAGCUGCUGGUUUUGCCUGCCUCGUCUUUUCCCUUGCGAAGUUAAUGAAUGUGCAAGAGGACAAUGGGAGACUUUCUGCCAUAGCAAGGCAAGGUUCGGGAAGUGCUUGUCGAAGCUUGUUUGGAGGAUUUGUCAAGUGGGUCAUGGGAAAGGAGGAAGAUGGUAGCGAUAGUAUAGCUGUUCCACUCGCAGACGAGAAACACUGGGAUGAGCUUGUUAUCAUCAUUGCAGUGGUUAGCUCACGGCAGAAGGAAACAAGUAGCACCUCAGGAAUGCGCGAGACUGUUGUAACCAGUGCACUUAUAGACCACAGAGCAAAGGAAGUAGUACCAAAACGCAUUGUUCAGAUGGAAGAAGCUAUACAAAAUCGCGAUUUUCCAACUUUUGCCCAACUGACUUGUUCUGACAGCAAUCAAUUUCAUGCAGUCUGCAUGGACACUAGCCCUCCUAUAUUCUACAUGAAUGACACAUCUCAUAGGGUAAUUAGCUGUGUCGAGAAAUGGAACCGUGCAGAAGGAACUCCACAGGUUGCAUACACCUUCGAUGCUGGGCCAAAUGCUGUUCUAAUUGCGCGUAACAGAAAGGCUGCCACACUUAUGCUUCAGAGGCUUCUUUUCCACUUCCCUCCAAAUUCAGAUACCGAUCUAGACAGCUAUGUCAUAGGCGAUAAGUCAAUUCUGAAGGAUGCUGGGAUAAAGGAUUUAAACGACAUUGAAGCAUUACCACCUCCACCUGAAAUUAAGGACAAGGUUCCGGCUCAGAAAUGCAAAGGUGAAAUAAGCUACUUCAUCUGCACAAGACCUGGCAGAGGUCCAGUUUUGCUACCUGACGAAAGUCAGGCUCUCCUCUGCCUUGAAACUGGUUUGCCCAAGUAA